GUCUCCACCUCGGCAGGUAAAUGAAGGCAGACGCCUCGCUCCUGCCAGGAACAUGAAGGGCUUGUCGGGCAGCCGUUCUCAGCACCAGAUUCCGUUACCUCAUGGUUUGGACUACGACCCCCACGUUCAUGAUGUCCACAUGCACUACGGCUCUGACGCUCGUCACCCGUCAUACCUGCUCAGCCCCACCGAGAGCUGCCCCGUCGACUUGCACCACCGCUACUCGCCUCGCAGCUCCAUCCACUCCGACUGCAUGAUGAUGUCCCCCAUCAUGAUGCCCCCGCCUGCCGCAUCCGACCACAUCUCCAGCAGCACCUUCCCUAGGAUGCACUACAGCUCUCAGUAUUAUGACUCAGCCACGCGGGAAGACUGCGCUGCCAUCACAGCCUCUGCCACCUCCCCAGCUGUCGCAGCAGCUGCAGCGGCAGCAGCUGCCUCCUCCCACCACGCCGGCACCAAAAGCAACCGCCUUCCAGCCAAUCUGCUCGACCAGUUUGAGAAACAACUGCCACUACACCGCGACGGCUUCCACACGCUUCAGUACCAGCGCACCUCCACGACCACCGAGCAACGCAGCGAGAGUCCGGGCCGCAUCAGACACCUCGUUCAUUCUGUCCAGAAGCUCUUCACCAAGUCCCACUCCUUGGAGGGGUCGUCCAAGAUGAACGGCACAAAAGGCGAUAUUGUAGGAGGUGGAGGAGUGGGGGGUUAUUAUCAUCAUGGCCACCACUCUACGAAACAUGGCAGCAAGAGGAGCAAGAGCAAAGAGCGAAAGCACCGUUCCGGUGGUUGGUGGAGCUCCGACGACAACUUGGAUAGUGACAGCACGUAUCGCACACCCAGUGUAAUGUCACGGCACCACGGGGAACACGUCACUCACUGUUAUCCAGACUCCAUGCACAGCCACAUGUCACUCAAGGCCUCCAAGAGCAACAAUGAUGUCAAGUGUUCAGCCUGUGAGAGUAUGGCCGAGGGCAAAUUCAUGAAACGGAGCUCGUGGUCGACACUGACAGUCAGCCAGGCCAAGGAGGCCUACAGGAAGUCAUCGCUUAAUUUAGACAAACCCAUGAUGCACACAGACCUCAAAACUUCAUCCAGAGCAUGCCACUACCUUCAGGUGCCCCAGGAUGAGUGGAGCGGAUACCCUGGCGAGAAAGACGAGGAGAUCCCAUGCCGGCGCAUGAGGAGCAGCAGCUACGUCAAAGCUAUGGGAGAGUUGGAGGAUGAAAGCGGGGACUCGGACUCCAGCCCUAAGAUUUCCCCACAGAAGGCCAUUCGACCGGAUGCUCUCGUCCUCAAAUCAGCCAUGCAGAGACCCCAUUUAGACUCCCACAGCCAGGGUUACCACCUGCAGACCAGAGAUUUGCGGCCCCACCCUAGUGUCACGCUGGAUCCUGCCACUUCUUUCCACCCCCCUCCUUUUCGCUCUCGCAACCAGAGCUACAUGCGUGCCGUCAGCACCCUCAGUCAGGCAAGCUGCCUCAGCCAGGUGAGUGAGACUGAGAUCAAUGGCCAGUUUGAGUCAGUUUGCGAGUCCGUUUUUAGUGAAGUAGAAUCCCAGGCCAUGGAGGCCUUGGACCUGCCUGGUUCGUUCCGCACUCGAAGCCACAGUUACCUCCGUGCAAUUCAGGCUGGUUAUUCCCAAGAUGACGACUGCUUGCCUUCAAUGACAUCCUCCACUGUCACUUCAACUCUCAGAUCCACAACAGCGGUAUCAUAUCCUCCCAGUUACAAGAAGACCCCACCUCCUGUGCCCCCAAGAGCCACCACCAAGCCUCUUAUCUCUGUGACAGCCCAGAGCAGCACAGAGUCCACCCAGGAUGCUUACCAUGAGGGCAGGCAUUCGCGGGGGGGCCUGUGGACCACGGAUAGCCUCGGACGGCCCAUCUACAGCUCCAUGGACAGUCUGGACAGCACCAAGGCUGUCACCAUGGCCAUGGAGUCAGCUGCAGGCAAGAGGCACGUGUCUCUAGGCAGUCACACCUCGGUCCAGACGUGUGACAAAGCAGUGCUGGUGUCCAAGGCUGAGGAGUACCUCAAAACCCCCCGUUCCUCUAUCGGCAUACAGGUGGAAACUGUCACAGACUCAGAGGCAGAAAGUAAAGGCCUUCCUCAGUUUCAUUCCAUAGGAAUCCAAGUGGAGGAUAAAAAACGGCAUGGGAGGUUCAAGCGCUCCAACAGUGUGACCACUGCAGUGCAAGCAGACAUGGAGCUGGAGGGCUUUCCCUCCAUGGAGGACAAAAGUUUGCAGUUCGGUGGCGCCUUCGGUCGCCACUCUGAGCCCAGCACGCCAACGCAGUAUGGCGCCAUCCGGACGGUACGCACACAGGGCCUGUUCAGUUACAGGGAGGACUAUCGGCCUUCGAGUGGGCCUCCUAGCCCACAGCCUGAAUCCUGGCUGGUUGAACCCAGCCUGGAGAGCACCGACACUGGCCGAGCGUCCCCCAUCCGGAGGGACGGCAGCUGGUUCAUACAGCUUCUUCACAACGAAACGAAGCGGCUGGAGGGGUGGUGCAAAGAGAUGGAGCGAGAGGCGGAGGAGCAUGACCUGUCAGAGGACAUCCUAGGAAAGAUCCGGAGUGCAAUUGGAAGUGCUCAGCUAUUAAUGUCUCAAAAGUUCCAGCAGUUUUACUGGCUGUGUCAACAGAAUCAGGACCCCAGCGCCAUGCCCAGACCCACAUCUCAGGACCUGGCUGGAUUCUGGGACCUUCUGCAGCUUACCAUCGAUGACGUCACUGCCAAGUUUGACGAGCUGCAGCAGAUCAAGAGCAACCAGUGGCAGCUGUCGGAGAGCCCCGAGAAGAAGGAGGAGCAGAAGUGGCCCCCACCUCUGUCUAAAAGGCCAUCCAGGGGGCGUGGGGGCAUAAUGCGGGAGCGCUCUCUGGACCUUCAGGACCGCCAGCGACAGGAAGCCCGCAGACGCCUCAUGGCUGCCAAACGAGCAGCGUCUUUCAGACAGAACUCAGCCACGGAGCGGGCGGAUAGCAUCGAAAUCUACAUCCCUGAAGCCCAAACACGGCUUUGAGGUUCACAGAAUCGCCCUUAGCUCCUCUCGUCGUCCACCGCCAUCCAACACCAGCUCACGGCGCCGCAUCCAGCCACGGUUCUGUUCACAAAACCCACUGCUUG